CUCCCAACUUCAACUUCUCCACCGCACCACCACCCUUUAUCACUUCUGCCAUCUACCAAUUCAGUCAACUGUAACACUGACACAAUGACAAAAGUUAAAACACACUUCGGUGAACUCACCGUCCAAGAAGGGAUUGUCCCGGGCGACUUCACCAACAUCCCCAUUAUCGACCUGUCAAACCUCGAUAGCCCGGACUUGGCGAGUAGGCGCGCACUCGCGGAUGAGAUUUAUGACGCGUGUACGAGGGUGGGGUUUUUCUAUAUCAAGAACCACGGCAUCCCACCCGAGAACGUAAGGGCCAUGCACGAGGCAGCCCAGGCGUUCUUCGCGCUCUCGCAUGAGAAGAAGAUGGAGUAUUAUCUUGGGAAAUCCAACCGCUACCACGGCUACAGCCCGCUCUCCGGCGAACACAGCGACAAAGAUCUCUUCGGCUCGCAAACGAACCUCUCCGAAUCCUUCGACAUCGGCUACGAGAUCGCAGGGGACCCGUCGAAAUCCCUAUCCACCGAUAUCCUCCCCUCCGACCCCUUCGAGCUGUACGGCGGAAACCAGUGGCCCGACGACAGCGUCCUCCCUGGAUUCCGCACGACGUAUCUGGCCUAUUUCCGGGCCUGCCUCGCGCUGAGUAGGAAAUUACUGAGGACCUUUGCGCUCGCGCUGGAUUUGGACGAGGGGUAUUUCGAUGGGUUUGUUACGUUCCCAGGGUGUAUGUCGAGGCUUCUGCAUUAUCCGCCGCAGGCCGUGCAGGGGGAGGAAAGGGCGGGCAUUGAGGCUCAUACUGACUUUGAAUGCUUCACUAUCCUUUCCCAAGACUCCGUGCCCGCGCUCCAGGUCCUCAACUCGAGUAACCAGUGGGUCACCGCAGCGCCGAUACCGGAUACACUGGUCGUGAAUGUCGGGGAUUUCAUGUCGUUCUGGACGGGUGGGAAAUUCCGCUCCACCGUCCACCGUGUCACGAACCUGACGGGCGAAAAUCGGUACUCGGUGCCGUUUUUCUUCGGUGUGAAUUAUGAUGCUACGGUGGAGGUUCUGCCUACGUGUGUCCCUGAGAGUGGGGAGGGUGCGAGGGAAGCUGUUAAGGCUGGUCAGGUAUGUGCAUAGUAUGUGCGCGACAGAUUAUCGAAAUCGUACAUUGGAUUCGGGGAGGGGGAGACAGAGUAAGAUUGCGGAUGGCCCCUGGUUCAUACGAGGGAGGAUAAGGUGCAAUGACACAAUGUCACAAGCCCAAGUCGAACAGGCAAGUAAAGACAGAUAGCCAGCCCACCAGGAAGCAUACUCUUAUCUAGGCGAAAGAACCGUGGCAGAGUUAUCUUCAACUAUCCAUGUUCCCUCACACUCGAUAUCAUUAUCAGUCUAGCCUGAUUCUUACAUCCCCCGCCAUCCAAAGCCAUCUCACGCAAGGCCUACACCAGGCCCACCCCACCCAGCCUGCAUUCUUCUGACAAUUGAACAUGUGGAAUCUGGCCCUGAUCGAGUAACCGGGCCCGCUAGCUCAUCCCAG